UCCUAUGGAAUUUUUGUGACACAAUUUUUUGUGUGAAUAUUUCCUACAUUCGUUCAAUAACUGUGGGUUAACUUUUAAGCAACGGAUGAACAUAACAAGCGUAUUAGUGCCAGUAAAUAGCAAUCGAUUUUCUUUUGGAAGUGCCUCCGAAAAAAAAAACCAAGGAUAUUCUUUCAUGAAAUUGAGAAAAAAACUAAAGUUUUUGCAAUGUGUUUCUAAAGAAGGAGAAAUCAGUGAUUUUCAGCAAGAUCCGCACAAAAUGCGUACAUGCGCAAAUAGUCACAAAAGGCGAUGACGAACGUUUGAACGGUUGUUGUACUCAUUUUCAUCUCACGCAGUGACGACACGAAAAUCUCAAGCAAAAACAAUAUUCUUUUUAACCUUUUUUUCAAUUUUGAUUCAAUUGGAAAUUGCGCAUUUUGUAUUUUUCAUUGUAUUAACACUUAUUUUGGGAUACUUGUGAUAGAAUUCUGGAUUAAACCCUGGAUAUGUUUGAUAAUAGAACCAAUUAAACUCGUUGAAAUUCAAUUUAAAAUCAAUUCUCUUGGUAUAAAUAGCAAACAAAGUUCCUGCCUUUUCGUAAAGAAAACAAAAAUGAAGCUUCCCAAAUUGAAAGGUUGUAGUUACUUUUGCUUGCGUGUAGCUGGGCUAUUGAUUGGAGGAGCGACAGUUAUCUAUUUCGUAUGUGACGACAGUGUUAGUGAUAAUGACCAUUCGUUCAUGGGCACAAUAGAGAAAGGCAGCCCAUUGGAACGAUCGAUAAAAUGGAAACUUGUAGGUCUAACAGUUUACACAGGAUGGACUUAUGGAAUUGUGAUGGAAGAGGCAAAGUUCCUGGUAUUUGUUCUCAUUUUAUGGUUAUUUGCUACUCUUUAUUCGCUUGCCCAUUUGUUCUUUUCAUUGGUCUAUCUUAUUGUUAACAUUUCGGAUAAAGAUAAAACUAUGAUCGAAGAUGCGAUUUCCUCGUUUUGCGGCAUCUUUUUGAAUGCAGCCUUAUUCUUCAUUCUAUUAACCGUCCAUUGGCUCAUAUUCAAACUCAUGCAAAAAGCCACGGUGGAAGAAACAGAUAUCGAAAACGCAGCCAAAAAUGAAGGAAACAGCUUGCUGAAGAAAGCACAAAAUGUUCAACUGAAUGAAACGAAUAACAAAGUACUAUCGGCAAAUCCGUAAAAUCCACAUUCAACCAGCAUUUUUUGUAAUUAUAAACAAAACAAAAAGAGAGAGAGAGAGAGAGAGAGAGAGAGAGAGAGAGAGAGAGAGAGAGAGAGAAAGAAAGUUUUCGUCAGCGAAAAAGCGAGUCAGAGAAGGCUUUUCGUUGAAAAGUGGGUUUGAAAGUAUUUUUGGAGGUGAUCUCGGUUAUGUUUGGUUUUGGAGAAUAUUUUCCUUCUAUAAUGUAAAGAUCAGAGGAGUUAUUUGUUCGCACAAUAAUUUAUUAGCCCAGAAAAUGUUGAAAAUUUGAAAAAUAAUUUGGGCUUUGUAUGAAAAUGUCAAUUACCGAAAAAGAUCAACGUUUUUCUUUUAUAACAUUUAAAAACUUUAAAUGUUUGCUAAACUAUUUAAGUAAAAUAUUUAGUCCAUAUGAACUUAUGAACACUGUACAAAUGUGUCACUUUUACUCUAUCUCCCAUUUGAAGUAAAGUCAACAAAAUAACGAAUUUUUUACAUUUCAAACAAUUCAGACGUCAGUGAAACCUACCAAACACGACAACAACAAACGUUCAAGACAAUAACCAGCAAAUGAUUACAAUGUGUUCAUAUUUGAAAGAAUUUAUUCCUUUCUAAGUAAUUUCAUAAGCAAUUCAAAAGUAAUAAAGAUUCUAGACAUUUUUAAACUUUUUGAAUUUUUCAUCAAUACAUAUUCAUAAGUGGAUCUG